AUGCAGUCCAACCACCGUGGUGCCCAUCUCCUAGGUGAAGAACUCUACAACAACCUCAUUACCUACCUCCAGAAGCAUCUCGAAGAUCUUGUAGAGGCAUCCAAAUCGCACACCGACGAGGCACUGCUGGCAUACUACAUCAAGGAAUGGAGUCGAUACACCAAUGCGGCAAAAUACAUCCACCAUCUCUUCCGAUAUUUAAACCGUCACUGGGUCAAGAGAGAAAUCGAUGAGGGUAAGAAGAACGUGUACGAUGUCUACACUCUCCACCUCGUACAGUGGCGCAAGGUUUUGUUCGAGCAGGUCUCCGGAAAGGUAAUGGACGCCGUCUUGAAGCUAGUGGAGAAGCAGCGAAAUGGCGAGACGAUUGAACACAACCAGAUCAAACAAGUUGUCGACUCCUUUGUAUCCCUUGGUCUGGAUGAAGCCGACAUGUCGAGGUCUACAUUGGACGUUUACCGCUACCACUUUGAGAGGCCCUUUUUGGAAGCUACCGCAGAGUUUUACACCGCCGAAUCGAAACAAUUUGUCGCUGAAAAUAGCGUUGUUGAAUACAUGAAAAAAGCCGAAGUACGUCUGGCCGAAGAGGAGGAAAGAGUCGUCAUGUAUUUGCAUCAGGAUAUCGCCGUGCCAUUGAAGAAGACUUGCAACACGGCUCUGAUUGCCGAACACUCAACGUUGCUGCGGGAGGAGUUCCAGUUCCUGUUGGACAAUGAACGAGAGGAAGACAUGGCAAGAAUGUAUAACCUCCUUUCCAGAAUUCCUGACGGGCUGGACCCAUUGCGGACUAAAUUCGAAAAGCAUGUGCUCAAGGCUGGUCUCGCCGCUGUUCAGAAGGUACAGUCCUCCGAAGGUGACAAGCUUGAACCUAAAGUAUAUGUGGAUGCACUACUUGAAGUGCAUUCCCAGUAUCAGUUAUUGGUCAAGCAAGCAUUCAAUGACGAGCCAGACUUUACUCGCUCGCUUGACAACGCAUGCAGGGAGUUCGUAAAUCGCAACGAAGUAUGCAAGGACACUUCCACAAAAUCACCAGAGCUCCUAGCCAAGUAUACCGACGUCCUACUCCGUAAGAGUAGCACCAGUAUAGAAGAAGGCGACUUGGAGCGGACUUUGACCCAGAUUAUGACCGUUUUCAAAUACAUCGAGGACAAGGAUGUAUUCCAAAAGUAUUACUCCCGGAUGUUGGCCCGACGCCUGGUACAUAGCAACUCGUCAUCGGACGACGCCGAAACGAGCAUGAUUAGCAAGCUCAAGGAGGCUUGUGGUUUUGAAUAUACCAACAAGCUACAACGCAUGUUCCAGGACAUGCAGAUCUCAAAGGACCUGAACAAAGACUUCCGGGGCCACCUAGAAAGCGUCGACUCAGCCAAGACGGUUGACUCAACCUUCUCAAUUUUGGGUACCGGUUUCUGGCCCCUACAAGCGCCAUCAACGCAUUUUCACCCGCCUGUGGAAAUUGCCACAGAAAUUGAGCGCUUUACGCGAUUCUACAAGCACAAGCAUGACGGGCGCAAAUUGACCUGGUUGUGGCAUUUAUGCAAAGGUGAAGUCAAGGCGGGAUAUUGCAAGAACAGCAAAACGCCAUUCACAUUCCAAGUUUCAAUCUACCAAAUGGCUAUUCUUUUGCUGUUCAAUGAGAAGGACACCUACACAUAUGAUGACAUGGUCACCGCAACACAACUGAGCACUGAAGUUCUGGAUCAAGCACUAGCCGUCAUCCUCAAGGCCAAAGUGCUGCUGAUGGAUGGAGGUUCGGGCGCAAGGCCUAAACCCGGAAGGUCCUUCAGCCUUAACUACGAGUUCAAGAGCAAGAAGAUUCGCGUCAACCUUAACUUGGGUGGUGUAAAGGAGGCUAAGCAAGAAGAGACGGAGACUAACAAGACCAUUGAGGAGGACCGCAAGUUGGUACUUCAGUCGGCCAUUGUCCGAAUCAUGAAGGCACGAAAGAAGAUGAAACACACUCAACUUGUCAGCGAAACCAUCAACCAGAUUCGUUCGAGAUUCGUUCCCAAAGUUGGUGAUAUCAAAAAAUGUAUUGAGAUCCUCCUGGACAAGGAGUAUCUUGAACGCUUGGAUGACGAUGAGCUGGGUUACCUCGCAUAG